CAGAGAAGAACAGUCAGUGUGAGGAGAACAAUGAUCAGCAUUAGCACAAAUUAAUAUUGCUGGCCUUUAAAAGAGCAGAAAUGUCUGAUGCUAUUUAUGACGAUGUGAUCACAACUGAGUCUGAGAGAGUGGAGAUGAUGGUGGUUAUCUAUGAGAGUGCAGAUUGUGUGAGAGAUCAUAACUUCAGGACAGAGACAAACACACACCAACCACUACAGCAAACAGAAAGUGAUUGUGUGAAGAUCAGAAGCUCCAGAUCAGCUGUAGUGUGUUUGGUGCUGCUGUGUGUUCUUCUGCUGACUGCAGUCAUAGUGCAGUGUGUCCACAUCCAUAUAAACAACACAAACUACACAGGAGAGAGAGACCAGCUGCUAACCAAGAUUAACAACCUCACAGAAGAGAGAGACCAGCUACUGACCAAUAAUACCAACCUAAUUCAACUAACCAAAAAGUUCUUACAAGAGAAAAAUGAACUGAAGUGUUUAUAUGAAAUGGAUAAAUGGAUUUACUAUCAAUCCAGCUGUUACUACAUUUCCUCUGAGAAGAAGAGCUGGACUGAGAGUAGAAGAUACUGUACAGAAAAAGGAGCAGAUCUGAUCAUCGUAAACAACAGAGAGGAACAAAAUUUUGUUAUGAACAAGUCUGGUAAUUUGGGAGUCUGGAUUGGUCUGACGGGCAGUGAUGUUGAGGGCACAUGGAAAUGGGUUGAUGGCAGCACACUGACCUCUGGUUUCUGGGUGUCUGGAGCGCCAAAUGGAGGAAGAGCAGAAAACCGUGUUGUGUCUUUUUCAUCAGGCUGGACUGAGUCUGAGAGAGUGGAGAUGAUGGUGAUUAUCUAUGAGAGUACAGAUUGUGUGAGAGAUCUUGACUUCAGGACAGAGACAAACACACACCAACCACUACAGCGAACAGGAAAUGAUUCAGUGAAGAUCAGAAGCUCCAGAUCAGCUGUAGUGUGUUUGGUGCUGCUGUGUGUUCUUCUGCUGACUGCAGUCAUAGUGCUGUGUGUCCACAUCCACACAAACAACACAAAUUACACAGAAGAAAAAAUGCAGAUACUAACCAAUAAUACCGACCUAGUUCAACUAAACAAAAAGUUAAUACAAGAGAAAAAUGAACUGUUGAAGUGUUUAUAUAAAACAGAUGGAUGGUUUUACUAUCAUUCUAGCUGUUACUACAUUUCCUCUGAGUGGAAGAACUGGACUGAGAGCAGAAGAUACUGUACAGAGAGAGGAGCAGAUCUGAUCAUCAACAAUGAAGAUGAGCAAAAUUUUAUUAUGAAAACAGUUGGUAAUUAUGAAGCCUGGAUUGAUCUGACUGACACUGAUGUAGAGGGAACAUGGAAAUGGGUUGAUGGCAGCACAAUGACCUCUGGGUUCUGGAAGUCUGGAGAGCCCAAUGGAGAUAGAAAAGAGAAUUGUGUUGUGUCUUAUUAAUCAGGGUGGAAUGACUAUCCUUGUCGUUUAGUUUUGAGAUGUACAGUGGGUACGGAAAGUAUUCAGACC